AUGUCGAGCAAGUACCCGCAGGCUAGGAUUCUGACCAAGAAGAAUGAUCCUUUGCACAUUAUCAAGACUCGGAAAGCCACACACCAAAGGGCCGUGACCAUUGCGGGACCAAUGGUGAGAUAUUCCAAGCUGCCAUUCCGUCAAGUGUGCCGCCACUAUAACGUCGAUAUCGUUUACACGCCAAUGAUUCUCGCUCGUGAAUACGUGCGUAACUGCCACGCUAGAAUGGCUGAUUUUAGCUCGAAUGAAAGUGAUUCUCCAUUGAUCGUUCAGGUUGGAGUGAAUAACGUUACAGACCUACUUAGGUUUGUCGAGAUGGUAAGCCCUUACUGUGACGGAAUCGGCAUAAACUGUGGGUGUCCUAUAAAGGAACAGGUGCGCGAAGGAAUAGGUUCUGCGCUGAUUUAUAAUCCUGAACUUUUGUCAAGCAUGGUUUCCGCUGUAAAGACUAAAUACGGUGACAAGGUAAGACUGGAAACCAAAAUAAGGAUUCAUGACAACUGGGACCAGACCGUGGACCUUUGUAACCAACUUUGUGAUGCCGGUGUCGAUUGGAUUACUAUUCAUGGGCGGACAAGAACAACGAGAUCUUCUGAACCGGUCAACCUCGACGCCAUAAAGUUUAUUACGCAAAAGAUCAAGAGUCGAAACGUACCUGUAAUCGCCAAUGGCGACUGCUUCGAUAUGAGUGACUUCCAAAAGAUAUUGGACUACACUGGAGCGGAUGGAGUAAUGGCCGUAAGGGGCCUUUUAGACAACCCUGCGCUUUUUGGCGGCUUCAAGGCUUGCCCCUGGGGCGCGUUAGAACUUUUUUGGCAUUACACUAUGGAAUUUGGUGGCCUGCCGCACCAGCUACUACUCCACCAUCUUCACUGCAUGCUCGGUAGCAUGGGGCUUGAGAAGUCCCUGCACAAUGAGCUCAUGAAUAUCAAAGACACUUCCCAUUUAAUUGACUGGUUUGACUACAACUUUGUGUUAAAGAGAUUCGGGGAGCAAGGAUUUGCGGAGGCCACGGAUAUUCCUUACAAGAGCCAUUCAAAACCAUAA